AAUAUACACGCCUACAAAUUUUAUUUUCACUAUGCUAAAAAUUCAUAUAAGAUUUUCAAAAGACCAUGACCAUCUCUAGUUCACCAUAUUUUUUAUUUUAAAAUAGAGUUGUGAUAUACUCUAAUGAUACUAUAUUUUAGAAUGAAAAAUAGAAUUAUGAACAAACAAAAAAUAACUUAGUAUAUAUAUAGAGUAAAUCUAUUUUUACUCUAUUAUAGAGUGAAAAAUAAAAUACUAUUGGAGCAUUUUUAUACUUUAAAUUUUAUUUUAGAGUGAAAAAAGAGAUUGAGCUGGAGAUGUCCUAAUAAAUCAUUUUCCGAGACUUGAACCCCAUAUAUUUUAGUGUUUUUUUGUAAUUAAAUUAUUGGACUUCCACCGAGUUAUGCAUUUUAAUUGGCUUUGCUUGAAAACUGCUUAGCUUCGGUAAGAUUCUGUACCGAUUGAUGGAUUUUGUGGUUUAACCGGUUCCGGUCUAUGGUUUGUUCAGCUUGUUUUCUUUUCAGUCCGUAAAAAUCUCUAAACCAAUAAUUAUUCUGCUAAAUUUCGUGAAGAAACAACUAAUAAUAGAAAUUAUUGACAACAUUUAUAAUUCUUUUUUUUUUAGAAAAUCGAUUUUUUGUUUUGUCAUUUGACUUUUCUUGACUAAAUCACAAUCGUCACAAACGCCAAAAGAAUAUUCCGUUACAAAACAUGACGGAUCCAACCGUUUCCCGCCAAGUGAACAGCCCUUUGAAACGUAACGAAAGUAACGGCGAGUUCAAACGUCUCCUACUCCCCGAAACCUCUCAAUCCGACGAUCCCAGCGAAUCACCGGCGGAGCCACCGGAGAAUCAGGUAGUGACCGUAGAGGAAGACGGAGAGACCACCUUAGAGUCAGUUCCUCCGUUCUCGUGGGCGAAGCUAUGGAAAUUCACGGGACCUGGGUUUCUCAUGAGCAUCGCGUUUCUAGACCCUGGAAACAUCGAAGGGGACCUACAAGCCGGAGCCGUGGCUGGAUACUCGCUUCUGUGGCUUCUUCUAUGGGCCACGCUGAUGGGACUUCUCAUUCAGCUUCUCUCGGCUCGGAUCGGUGUCGCGACGGGUCGGCAUCUGGCGGAGAUUUGCAGAAGCCAGUACCCGUCGUGGGCGAGGAUAUUGCUUUGGUUCAUGGCGGAGGUUGCUUUGAUCGGAGCUGAUAUUCAGGAAGUCAUCGGAAGCGCUAUCGCUCUUCAGAUAUUGACACGUGGGUUCUUACCUAUUUGGGCCGGUGUUAUCAUCACCUCGCUUGAUUGCUUCUUGAUUUCGUAUUUGGAGAAGUGUGGAAUGAGGAAACUAGAAGGUCUUUUCGCGGUUUUAAUCGCGACAAUGGCUCUUUCCUUUGCUUGGAUGUUCAAUGAAACUAAACCGAGCGGAGAAGAACUAAUCAUAGGCAUUCUUAUUCCGAAGCUCGGAUCAAAGACAAUCAGACAAGCUGUUGGAGUAGUGGGAUGCGUAAUAACGCCUCACAAUGUGUUCUUGCAUUCCGCUUUAGUGCAGUCCAGGAAGACCAACCCAAAGGACAUACACAGAGUUCAAGAAGCUCUCAACUACUACAACAUCGAAUCAACCGCCGCGCUUUUUGUCUCUUUCAUGAUCAAUCUCUUUGUAACCGCGGUUUUCGCUAAAGGGUUUUAUGGAACCAAGCAAGCUGACAGUAUAGGACUGGUUAACGCGGGACAUUACCUACAGGAGAAGUAUGGAGGCGGGGUUUUCCCCAUACUUUACAUUUGGGGGAUCGGUUUAUUAGCUGCUGGACAAAGCAGUACCAUAACGGGAACUUACGCUGGACAGUUUAUAAUGGAAGGGUUCUUAGAUCUUCAGAUGGAGCAAUGGCUAUCAGCUUUUAUAACAAGAAGCUUUGCGAUUGUGCCAACUAUGGUUGUAGCGCUUAUGUUCAACACAUCAGAGGGGUCGCUUGAUGUUUUAAACGAAUGGCUUAACAUUCUUCAGUCGAUGCAGAUUCCUUUCGCUGUUAUUCCUCUUUUGACUAUGGUUUCUAAUGAACAUAUCAUGGGCGUCUUCAAAAUCGGACCUUCGCUUGAGAAGCUAGCGUGGACCGUGGCGGUGUUUGUGAUGAUGAUAAAUGGGUAUCUUCUUCUUGAUUUCUUCAUGGCAGCAGCGAACGGGUUUUUUGUUGGGUUACUGGUUUUUGCUGGAGUAGUGGCAUACGUCAGUUUCAUCAUUUAUCUUGUUUCCUAUAGAAGAUCACAGUUUUCUUCUUGGUCGAGCUUAGAAAUGUCACAGAGAGUUGUUUCCACAGAGACGUAGAAAACCAACACUGACUCACGAACUUUUCAUCCCUUAAACACAUCAGAGCAAAGACAGAAGCGGUUUGAUCGAUUUUGAGUUGAUGGUUCUGCAUGCUGCAUUUUGUGCUCGAUUGCUGGAUUUCAGAGAGUAGACCAGUGGCAACUGGGUUGUGAGAUUAGGGAAAGACCGAAUGGGAUACAUUUGUAGAUUGAUUUGUUGAAUUUGUAUUGUAACAUCAUUGCAAAUAUUGAGUAGAAUUAUGUAAAAUACGUUGAACAUUAAUAAACAAAGAAGCGGUUAACCAGAAGAAGAAAAACAAAAACAAAAAACAGAGAAGUGUGGUAGUAGUAAGGUUAGAAUUAGAAACAUGUUACCUUUUUGAUCUUAAUUAUAUUAUUGGUUGCUGCAGAUUCAUCGACUCUGUCGAUUCUGUGAGUAUUUGUGCCGCUGUUUUCUAUGUUAAUUUGAAUGUUUGACUGAUCAUUUGCUUAUGUGCAUUAUUUUGUCAUUUAUUAGCAACAAUUUGAUUUUGUCAUUUAUUAGCAACAGUUUGAAAAAUUGUUCAUCUAUGUUAAUAAAAUGAAGUAACUUUUGAAAAUAACCCUUCUUUCGAAUUCAAAAUUACAAAUUCUGCCACUAAGAUAUUAAUCAUUUACCGAUCUUACCAUUAAAUAUUUUUCCAUUAUUUGAAACAAGCAUGUAACAUACAUUAAUCGUUUCUAAAUAAUUAAUGAUAAACAAUAUUAUUUCAUAUAUAAUGGAAAACAAAAAAUAUAAUGGAAACAAAACAAAACAUUUUUUUUACAUAAUUAAUUAUGUAUUGCUAAUAAUUUAAUAUUUUAAUUAUACAUGUAAAUACCAAAUUUAUUAAUAUAUAAAUUAUUGAUACCAAAUAAUAUUCAAAAAAUUUAUUUUACAAUUUAUUCUCCAAUCUAGAAUUCGAUCUCAAAACUAAUAAAAUAAAUAUACAAAAAAUAUUAUAAAAUGAUAUUUUGAAACAGUAAAUUACUAUAAAAAACAUUCCGGCCGGGCCCGUUUCAAAAAACUACCCAAAUCUUUAAAUGCUAAUUAUUUUUAAAACUAUAUAAAUACAUUUUAAAAUGUUGACGUGAUGGAGAAGUAUGGUGACGCUUAGGAGGCAAGCAAUAUCUGCCGAUGGUUAGAGACAAAGCAUUAGGUGUCACAUCAGACACACUAACUUAACUGAAACUUUCCUU